AUGUGGAAAUAUACACGGAAAGAUUGGAACCCGACUGGUUACUGUUCUGCACCUGAAUGCUGUUCUUUUGUUGGUAAAAGCGGAAAUGGACGACAACCAAUAAGUAUAGCUAACCAAUGCAGCAAUUUCGGUACUAUUGUACAUGAAUUGGGACACGCUAUCGGGCUUCACCAUGAGCAUCAACGUUACGAUCGCGAUCAGUAUAUUGAGGUUUUCCUAGAUGAUGUUGAAGAAGGUUCUAUUGAUAAUAAUAACUUCCAAUACAUAAUACGAACUGAACAUAAAUUUGAUAAAUUGCCACUAGAAUCUACAAAUACGUUGGGUCUGCCUUAUGAUUAUAAUUCCAUAAUGCAUUACCCGAGAUUUGCUUUUGCAAAGAGUAACUUUCGUAGUACAAUUGAACCAACACGUCAAAUAAAUGGGAGGACACCAGAUAUUGGUCAGAGGAAUGUCCUAAGUACCGGUGACAUUACUGCUGCAACGUUGCUGUAUAAUUGUUUUGCACAUGGUGGGUCAUUUUUUGAGCCUCACUAUAUGAUUAUCCCGCCAAUACAUCCAGAUGAUUCACCAAAAGUUUCGGAUAAAUGCAAAUGGACAAUCAGAGCUGCGGAAGGUGAACGAAUAAAGGUCACACUAACAUCAUGGGAUACUCAAGAGACUCCGAAUUGUACAGUGGAGUAUGUGGAAAUAAAAGAUGGCCACCAGGCAAAUAGUUCUGUCUUAGCUAGGAUAUGUGGUAAAGACAAAACAGUUGUUGUAACGGCUAGUAAUUUUGUAUCGGUAACAUAUGCCAGGACUCGUUAUGAAAAUCAUCACUUGGGAUUUAUAUUGAAAUACGAGGCUAUUUGCGGUGGCAAUAUUAAUUUAGAAAGUAAUGAUACUUAUUACUUAGAAUCACCAAAUUAUCCAGAUUCAUACGAACCUAAUAAAUAUUGUCAUUGGAAUAUAGAGGCUCCAUACAGGCAUUUUAUAGUAAUUAAAUUUGAUUACUUUGAACUUGAAGAAAGUACUGGUUGUAACAAUGAUUUUUUGGAAGUACGACAGGGUAGACAUGAGAAUGUGUCAGUUGGUAGAAGUUACUGUGGUAAAAAAGACCGUUUAGAAAUAACUGCUUUGACGAGAAAAAUUGAUCUGACGUUUGUUUCCAAUGAAUCAAAAGGAGCGGGAGGUUUUUCUGCCACUAUUUCUGUGAAACCAAUCAAAACUAAUGAUCAGCCACUUGAAUAG